UAAAAACUUGCCAACUCCUACUCAGCAGGAUAACUGCUUGCUGAAAGGACUGGGGCUUCUUCGAUAGGCCGUGGAUGCAGAUGCUGCUGCUGUAGCACUCUUCCACCUCCGUCUGGGGGAACUGAUGGACAGUUGCGUCGUCACGGGUGAGCGGCAGGUCUGCCCCUUCCCCUCUGUCAUGUUCACCGCGCGCCUAGCAUAGCACCAACACAACACAGCACCAUCACUACACCAGCACCAUGACCAUGAUGUUUAACCGUGCUUACGGCUAACAGUCCAAGGGAGGUGAGUGGGUUGAACGACGGGGACAACCUUCGUGACGAGCUAACCGACAUUCUCGUCAACAACCAUGACGACGACAUCAUGUCGGCCGUGCUUGACUCGAGCGACGACGAAUGGCACUGCAAAAUUGAUAUGUCGAAUCGGGACAGCGUGGUUGUAUGGGAGGACGCGAAUCAUGAUGUGCAACACACUUUCGACCUGUCUUUGGACCUUCACGUCGAUACUUCAGAACGGCAUGGCCUCUUCAUUUUGCAUGGCCUUGUGUACCUCAAGGCCGACACGGCCCUCAAAAGGAAUCUUCGCCUGUUCAUCUACCCCGAGAACAUCCAGUCCAUCGAACAUGAAGUUUGCAAUCAUCCAUCUAUCCCCGGCAUGGAGGAAUCUUCCAACAAAUCCAUUCGCUUACGCUUUACUAUGGCACAGUUGCCCAGCUUAGUGGUUCCAAACAAUAUGCCACUGGAACCGAAGCCAAAAUCAAAAGCUGUAUUGGACAGUUUGAAAGCCCUCGCCACCGUUCAUAGCUUUACUAUCUACUUGGAAAUGCUCCGUUUGGGUCUAGAGACUCGGCAUCAGUUGUCUUUGCUACCGUCGGUCUUCUCGUCUAUCAAUGUCAGGUCCCGGUUGAGGACAGAUGUCGUGCGGGCGGAUCUACGCAAAUUGUAUAAGGGUGUUGGCGGUCACGCUCUGGACUUAGAUGUGAUCGCAAAGCCCGGCGCGGGUCCCAGCAACGAGACAGGAAAGCAACUUGUGCAGCAAACGAUAGAAGAAGUAGCGCCGGCAUAUACCAAGGAUGACUCUCUCCAGAGUCCGGCGCAAGUGAUAACUCCGUCUGACCGCAAACGUCGGCGAACCAGUGAAUCCCUAUCUCCCUCAACCACCACCGACAAGCGCAUCCUCGCUGCCUUCGCUCAACUAGCCAAGCGCCAUGCCGAUCUGCAAAGUCGCGUUGCACACCUCGAGAAGAUGGUGGCCGACUCUCGGUGUGAUCACACUCCAUGCCGUUGCGAUACGGAGGAAAUCGAGAACAUUAUCGAACAUGUAAACGAUAAAAUCGGCAAUGACAUGGAUGAUGUGCGAUGGGAGUUGGAGGACAAAGUGUUCGGCGAGACGCGGGAGCUUGUGCUGGAGAAGACGGAAGAGCAGCAGUCGCAGUUGUGGGCCGAUAUGCGAGAGGGCUUAAUGGACGAGAUGCGCCAGGAGAUCAAGGAGGAACUGAAGGCAGAGCUCAGACAGGAGCUGGCGGCAAAGAUCAAAACGGAGCUGUUCAAGGAAAUGGCACAGGCGAUGAUGAGGGCGGCGUGCGGUAACGGUGAGAAGUCUGGGGCUGGUAUGUCACAAAGCACGCAGAGCACGGAUAGUACUCAGUGAGGCACGCCAUCGGCUGGUCCGAUACCCUCACCUAACGGCCUUAUGAAUGAACAUGAUCUCUUCCUUUUCCCUGACAUUCAGGAGGCCUCAG